AUGAAUGACGACAGAGAAAAAGGAGCAGUUGAGCUUUACUUCUUCACUUCUGUCUUUAAGAAAAGAGAAGAAAUGAAACUCAUGGAUUGUAUCCCCCCUCUCCCUCAGGGAAAAAGCUCUCCAUGGCAAGCUAGAAGAGCAGGGCUCUUGCCAGCCACUCUUUUCCUCACCCUUCUGUCGGGUGGCCUGGCACUGGUGGCUUUGUACCAAGUGUUCACCCUGCAGGCUGAGUUGGGGAGUCUCCGGCGUGAACUUCAGGCUUAUCAGAGCAGGACUGAGCCACUGCAGGGGCGGCAGGAGGAGAAAGCAGGAACCUCUUCUACCAUUCUUCAGCCAGAAGCUGCUGCCAUCGCAGGAAUGCAAGAGCUUGGGGUGCUCCCUAUCCCAGGAGAAAGCAGUCCUCAAAUCAACCUUAGACAAAACAGAAGGAGCAGAAGAAGCGUUCCCGACUCAGAGGAAACUAGACUUCAAGACUGCUUGCAGUUGAUUGCUGAUGGUAAAAGUCCCACAAUACAAAGAGGUCCUUAUACCUUUGUUCCUUGGCUUCUCAGUUUUAAAAGAGGAAAAGCCCUAGAAGAAAAAGAAAAUAAAAUACUUAUCAAAGAAACUGGUUACUUUUUCAUCUAUGGCCAGGUUCUGUACACAGAUACCACCUUUGCUAUGGGACAUCUUAUACAGAGAAAAAAGGUCCAUGUUUUUGGAGAUGAACUGAGUUUGGUGACUUUGUUCCGCUGUAUCCAAAACAUGCCGACAACCCUUCCUAAUAAUUCCUGUUAUACAGCUGGCAUUGCAAAGCUGGAAGAAGGAGAUGAACUUCAACUUGCAAUACCUCGUGAGAGUGCCAAAAUAUCUCAGGAUGGAGAUGGCACAUUUUUUGGUGCACUGAAGCUGCUGUGA